AGCCCUUCAGUAGUUCACAGACGGUUGGAGAACGGAGCAAGAAACGCUUCUUCCCUUUGAACGUUGGCUCUGGCUUGCUCUGAAAACCUGGGAGUGUUCCUGGCAGGGAAUCAGCCCCACAAUACCAGUGCAUGAUUAAGGUGCCCGCUUGUAAUUAUUGGACAUCCUGUUGGAAGACUUGCUCCACCGUCCAUGCAGAAGGCAGUCAUGAGGUCGUCAAUGUUCCUAGCUGUAGUCCUGGUACAUGUACACCACGUCGCGGCGUUUCCCAGCUACGUUGCCCUCAUACCCAACCUGGGAACGGUCAGUGGAGGGGUGGGAUCCUCGUUGGUCCCUGCACCUUUCGGGGUGGUAAAUCAGAUGUGUCAAUCUAUCGGGCACGUUGCCCUAUGCGGAGGGCCACCAUCAGGCGGAGGGAACACGUUCGGUGGGGACUUUAUGCUUGACGGCAACGAGUGGAUACCGAUCUGCUUCUUGGACAGUGACGGAGACGGGCUGAGUAAUGGUCGGGAGUUGGGCGACCCCUUCUGCAGCUGGACUCCUGGUUCGACGCCUCAACAAACCACCGACCUCAGCCACCCCGGCUUUGCGUGCUCGACAGCGGAUGACCCAUUCUGCAUCAAUAACCCAGAACCGGACCCAGCCACCACGGCCCCAGCACCAACCACCACUCCCACGACCACCCCCACGACCACUCCCACGACCACCCCCACCACGACUCCCACCACGACACCCACCACGACUCCCACGACCACCCCCACCACGACUCCCACCACGACUCCCACCACGACUCCCACAACCACACCCACCACGACUCCCACCACGACUCCCACCACGACUCCCACCACGACUCCCACCACGACUCCCACCACGACUCCCACCACGACUCCCACCACGACUCCCACCACGACUCCCACGACCACCCCCACCACAACUCCCACCACGACUCCCACCACAACUCCCACCACGGCUCCUACCACGGCUCCAACAACUCCUGCUCCUACAACAAUCGCUGUUACAACUGAAAGUCAAGCAGCAUUCACCAUCAUGACGAACAGAUGGUCUACAACAGCAUGUAUAUGUUCUCAGCGAGCGCAGGCUGGUGAUGGCAGUACGACCUGUGAUUGUGAGAAUAAUUGUACCACAUCGUCCCUACUGGUCGGACGAUACUCUGUCUGUUUUCCCUUCCAGAACGAGAAUUUGUAGGGAUUGUGAACUUCUGAUACCCAAGCGGAGAUUGCGUAGCUCAGAGGAUGCAUGUGCUUCAUGAUAUGCAACAUUUAUGCACAAGUAUGGGAACCUGAACUGACGCUUUUAUUUGGCCAUUUCCUUCCGCCAUGCCGGACUUUCGUGGUUCAUUUAAUCUCUUGUACUCAAGUUCUGUUUGUUUUUUUCUUCACUACACCAGCGUGCCAGUAGUCAGGCGCUGUUCUGUAUUUUCCAGCCACGUGACGUUCCUCUGCAUCACAGUAGGACAUACCUGCAUAAGAUCCCAGUAACAAGACAUUUUAAAAGUCUGUGCAGACUGCCACCCUAGUAAAACAAGGAACCCUGCUACAUUUUCAAAUUAUUCUACAAUUUUUUUUUUUUACUGAAUACCACAGAACCAUCAGAUGCUG